AUGGCAUCGAAUGCGACGGCGAACCGUGUGGCGCGGUGGGUGCAAGACAACCGCUUCGCUGCCGUAGCGCUUGCUGCGACGGUAACCGUAGCAAGCGCUGCAGGUCUGUAUUUCCUCACAAGCUCGGCAUCAGUGACGGGAACGUCGGCGCCCGGCUCUUCGGCGGCCUCUUCGAGCGGCAAGAGCAGCAGUAGCGCUGCCAAGAAGAAGCGUGCGAAGAAGGCGAAAAAGUCGAGCAAGGCGUCGACGGAGGGACCGAUCCUCGACGAUGCUGGUGAUGAACAUCUCGCCCGCUUGAGCGAAGCUGAGCUGGCUCGUUUGCCGCAGGAGCGCAAAGAGUCUGUGGCGCAAUACCUCAAGGGCCUAGGUAACAAAGCGUACUCGGACAAGAAGCAUGAAGAGGCCAUUCAGCAUUAUACCAAGGCACUGUCUCUUAUGCCCUCGGCCGUGUUUUACAGUAACCGUGCAGCGUGCUACGCCAACCUCGGACAGCCUGACAAGGUGAUCAGCGACUGCAACGAAGCGCUCAAGCUCGAGCCAACGUACAUCAAGGCGCUCAAUCGCCGUGCUGUGGCGACCGAGCAGCUUGGUGAAAAGAGCGCUGCCAACGGCGCUGAGGGCGAUCGUGCUCGUGAGCGUCUUGAACAGAGUCUCUCUGACUUUACGGCCGUCGCGAUCCUUGGCCAGUUCCGCGAUGUGAAUGCGACUGCGAGUGUCGAGCGCGUGUUGAGGAAGCUGGCUUCAGGCAAGGCCAAGAUGAUUCUGAGCAAGCGUGAGCCGCGUCUGCCGAGCCCUACGUUUGUGAAGGCGUACCUGGAUGCUUUCCGCCCUAAGCCAGCGCCCAGCAUUGGCGAUGACGCACCGCAGGGCGACCAGACGCUGAAGCGCGCGUUUGAGGCUCUGGAGGCGCAAGACUACGCACACUCGCUGUCGCUCUUCCAGGAGGCACUGCAGCAGGGACUGUCGACCCAGGAGCUUGAAGCGGCCGCCCUCAACAUGCACGGCACGUACAUGUUUGUGAUGGGCGAACCCAAGCGUGCGCUGGAGGACCUGGACCGCAGUAUAGAGCUGAGUCCAGAGAAUGUCCAGACCUGGGUCAAGAAGGCGAGCGUGCACGUCGAGCUCGGCGACAAGGACGCGGCCAUGGCCGACUUUGACCGGGCCGUGGCGCUGAACGCUGACGACGCCGACAUUUACUACCACCGCGGCCAAGUGCACUUCAUCCUGGGCGAGUUUGAGGCGGCUAUGAGCGACUACAGCAAGUCCACGUCGCUGGACGAUACGUUUAUCUUUUCGCAGGUGCAGCAUGCCGUGGCGAGCUACAAGCUCGGCAAUAUCGCGCGCAGCACAGCCGAGUUUUGCCGUAUCCUGAAGAAGUUCUCUGACUCGUCCGAGUCGUACAACUACUUUGGUGAGCUCAUGCUGGACCAGCAGCGCCACGAGGAUGCGGUCGCCAACUUUGACAAGAGUAUUGCCCUGGAGCAGGCCAAGCCGAAGGGCAAGAACGUUCUGCCGAUGAUCAACAAAGCGCUCGUGCUCUUCCAGUGGAAGCAGGACUUGUCAGGCGCGGAACAGCUGUGCCGAGACGCUCUGCGUAUCGACCCUGACUGCGACGUGGCGAUCGCCACGCUUGCUCAGCUGAGCCUGCAGCAGAGCAAGAUCCCGGAGGCCAUUGAGUACUUCCGCAAGUCGGCCGAUAUUGCACGCACGGAGCCCGAGCUGGUCAACGCCAUCACCUACGAAUAUGCAUCGCGAGCGCAGCUCCAGUUUAUCCGCGACUACCCUGAGCAGGGCGCCGCAUUGAGCCAGAUCGCGAGCUCGCUUAUGUAG